AUGUACGCAGUGACUACGGGAAGGAAAAAGAUUUUAGGUGGAUGGUAUCCAUUUCCGAUGGCUGAAUCUCCUUAUUUUGAACUUAUCUUUCUUUAUGAAGCCACGUGUGUUGCUUGGGCUAUGGUUCUCCUUACCGUGUUAUUUUGUUUGUUUUUUCAAGUUUUGGUCUGUCUGUAUGCUCAGUUCAUCGCACUUGGUUAUCAUGUAGAAACCUUGGAUUUCAAUUCAAAGGAUGAUACAACGCAUCCCAAUGAAGAUGAAAAAAUAUCUGAUGAAUUUCGCAGGAUACUUCAAGACCAUCAAAAUCUAUUAAGAUAUUCAAAGGAAUUGAGGAGUGUGUACAACCCAUUGGUAACACUUACUCUAGGUAUAGGGAUAUUAGUAUUGAUUAUAGGUGCGAUGCAAUUUUUAUUGUUAAAUACAAGAAGUCCUAUUGUCAUCUUUCAAAUGAUUAAAGUAUUCUUGUUUCAAGGAGUUGAAAUGGGCUUGUUCUGUUUCGCCUCUUCAUUCAUUCAGACAGCGAGUUCAGACCUGCAGUUUGCUAUAUACAAUAGUGAAUGGUACAAGGCAAGUAUCCCUAUGAGACAGGCUCUGCAGUUAAUGAUGAUCGGAGCGAGAAAAGGAGUUGGACUCACCGCUAUAAGAAUGUACCCUGUGAAUCGGGAAACGUUGAUGACAACGCCUCGGAGGGUUAUCAGGAAUUGA